ACGCCGUAGUUUCUAUAGGUCAAACUACAGCAGCAGCAGAAAUGAUCCGAUCAUUAGGUUUACUCAAAUACUCACUAAAUGUCUCUCAGAGGUAUCAUGUCAGGCUGUUGUCAUCCAGCAGAGGAGUCGGGAAGAAAAUAGUCCCCGCGACUUUCACUGGAGUUGACACUAAUGGCAGACAGCAGCCUCCUCCCAGCACAUCUGUCCGGCUCUGGAGCUCCAGUUGUGCUGCUGGGGUCAGUGUGGCUCAUCGCAGAUACAGCACACAGCAGACCGAGAGCGCCGAGGAGGAGACGCUCCACACCAUCAUCAGUGACACCGAGAACGUUCAAGGAUCCUACUCCAAACACGAGUUUCAAGCAGAGACGAAGAAACUGCUGGAUAUUGUGGCCAGAUCGCUGUAUUCUGAGAAAGAGGUGUUCAUCAGAGAGCUGAUCUCAAACGGCAGUGAUGCUCUUGAGAAGCUGAGGCACAAGAUGAUCACAGCAGGAGGAGAAACAGCCCCCAUGGAGAUCCACCUGCAGACAGACGCAGCCACAGGCACCUUCACCAUCCAGGACACGGGUGUUGGGAUGAACCGAGAGGAGCUGGUGGCUAAUCUGGGCACCAUCGCUCGUUCUGGAUCAAAGGCUUUUCUGGACGCUCUUCAGAAUCAAGCGGAGGCCAGCAGCUCCAUCAUCGGUCAGUUCGGUGUGGGCUUUUACUCCUCCUUCAUGGUGGCUGAUAAAGUGGACGUUUAUUCUCAGUCAGCAGAACCAGGCGCUCCUGGAUACAAGUGGUCCUCAGACGGCUCUGGAGUGUUUGAGAUCGCAGAAGCUUCGGGUGUGCGUCAGGGAACCAAGAUCGUGCUUCACCUUAAAGACGACUGCAAAGAGUUUUCAUCAGAAGACCGAGUCAAAGAGGUCGUGACUAAGUACAGUAACUUUGUCAGUUUUCCCAUCUUCCUGAACGGACGGCGGUUAAACACCCUGCAGGCGCUGUGGAUGAUGGAGCCCAAAGACAUCAGCGAGUGGCAGCACGAGGAGUUUUAUCGCUAUGUGGCUCAAGCUCAUGAUAAACCCCGCUACACACUGCACUACCGCGCAGACGCCCCGCUCAACAUCCGCAGCAUCUUCUACGUGCCAGAGAUGAAACCCUCCAUGUUCGACGUGAGUCGUGAGCUGGGAACCAGUGUGGCUCUGUACAGCAGGAAGGUUCUGAUCCAGACCAAAGCCACAGACAUCCUGCCCAAGUGGCUGCGCUUCCUACGAGGUGUUGUGGACAGUGAAGAUAUUCCUCUGAACCUCAGCAGAGAGCUGCUACAGGAAAGUGCUCUGAUCAGGAAACUGCGGGAUGUUUUACAGCAGCGGGUCAUUCGGUUCCUGUUGGACCAGAGCAAGAAGGAUCCGGAGAAAUACGCUCGCUUCUUUGAAGACUACGGGCUGUUCAUGCGCGAGGGCAUCGUCACCACAGCGGAGCAGAGCGUCAAGGAAGACAUCGCUAAGCUGCUGCGCUUCGAGUCUUCAGCGCUUCCUGCGGGACAGCAGACCAGCCUGAUGGAGUACGCCUCUCGGAUGAAGGCCGGAACGAGGAACAUUUACUAUCUGUGUGCACCGAAUCGCUACCUGGCCGAGCACUCGCCAUACUUUGAGGCCAUGAAGCAGAAAGAUAUGGAGGUCUUGUUCUGCUUUGAACAGUUCGAUGAGCUCACGCUGCUUCACCUCCGAGAGUUCGACAGGAAGAAGCUCAUCUCAGCCGAGACCGACAUUGUUGUAGAUCAUUACAAAGAGGAGAAAUUUGUAGACAGCAAACCAGCAUCAGAGCGGCUGACGGAUCAGCAGGCAGAAGAUCUGAUGGCCUGGAUGAGGAACGCCCUCGGACAGAGAGUCACCACCAUCAAGGUGACGCCGCGUCUGGACACACACCCCGCUAUGAUCACGGUGCUGGAGAUGGGUGCCGCGCGACACUUCCUGCGCACACAGCAGCUCGCCCGCAGCUCAGAGGAGAGAGCGCAGAUCCUGCAGCCCACGCUGGAGAUCAACGCUGGACAUGAUCUGAUCAAGAAGCUUCACGCACUGAAGGACUCAAACCCUGAGCUGGCACAGCUUCUUCUCGAGCAGAUUUAUGACAACGCCAUGAUCACCGCUGGCCUGAACGAAGACCCUCGUCCGAUGAUCUCACGACUGAAUCAGCUCCUCACUCAAGCUCUGGAGAAACACUGACACCUGCGCUGGAGUUAGGCCUGAUAGACUUGUUUUGCCUUCAUUAGAGCCAUGCAUCGAUGCACAAAGGGGACGUCCCGUGCAGAAGAGGUCAUCAUCGCACACUAAACACAAACAAACCUUGUUUAUACGAAGACUUCAGAAUCUUUGUGCAGGUGUGACAUUGUAGGUUUGGUAGGAGUCAUGUUUUAAUAAGACGAUUGUCACAUUGGUCAAAACAUUUCAGCAGAUUGUGUUUCAGAAUUAACCUGAAAAGAUGCGAGAGAUUUUGGCAUAGUAAGAAGAUGAUUCCACUGAAACGUGUUGAAUAUUGCUGUGUUUUGUACGUUUUCGCUCUAAAACUAUUCACAUUUCAGUCCACUGAUUCUGUACUUAACCGGUCUUCAAUAUGUAAAUUUCAAUUAGCAUGUGGAAAAUAUGAAAUAAAACCAAUAUGAAGUGUCUCAAA